AUGCUGUCCAUUAUUGAAGAAAGAUGGAUUAGCCAAGGCGGCAAAGAACAGGAUCGGCCAGCGAUAUUGAAAGAAAAGCUUUCGCUUGAGGAAUGGAAGGUCGUUGCUGCGGUGCAGAAGAUCCUUCAACUGUUCAAGGUUGCUUCAAAACAACUUCAGGGCGCUGGUAUUUCUGGCAAGCGCUCAACAUCAGGAGGUUUCGACGAGCACAUGGCCCACGAGCCAGCCUGCAAUGCCAUCUCAGAACCUGGAAGCCAUGAUACCUUGGAUCAUGUUGAGCGCCGAUUGGCGUUCAGUCGAUCAAUCGUUCGCCAAGACGCCGAAGGUCUACAAAGUAAACGGCCGAAACAGCCAACCGCACUUUCAACACAGGACGAGCUCGAACAAUACCUAUCUGAGCCGCCGGUUGACAACAUCGCCUACAAAGCGGAUCCGAUUGCCUGGUGGAGAGACGUUGGCGCUGUGCGGUUUCCCCAGCUCUCUUACAUGGCGAUUGAUUUCCUCACGAUCGCGUCUUCUUCCGCCGAAACUGAGAGAGACUUUAGUAGCUGCGGGAGUUGGCAUGGCACAGUGCCUUCGAUCGUGGAGUAA